GAAGUCCUUGUUGUCCAAGCCAAAAACAAAAACCAAAACAAACUGGCACUUUGUCUCAUUUGUAUUUCCCACGUUCGUGAAGGCGGCAUGACGGAUGUAUCCGCCCCUCGGGAGCGUCGGUCAGUCCAGCGUCGACCGCAGUCGGCGGAGUCAGGAACAGCGGCCGUCGUCGCCCCGCCCGUUGAUUCCAAAGCACCGUUGCAAUGCAGCAUUUGAUCUGUUAGCCCGCUGUCAGCGUGUGCGACAAACCGGGGGAGACAGCCGUGGGCUAAUCGAGCAUGGAUCUGGCGAAACGUCAUCCCGUUUUCCUCUUGGUCGUCUGGCUGCCGGCUGCGUUGGGUCUCGUGGAGCAGCCGAGCAACGUGACCCUGAGCUGCCACAAUCUGCGCAACACCCUGGAGUGGAGUUAUGAGCAACUCUUGCCUGGGCUAAGAUUCAGAGUCAAUAUCUAUGCAUAUAAUGGUCCAGCGUCUGUGCUUUGGGUGGAGCCACCAGCUCUACAGGCUGAUGUAUCCUCUCUCUCCAAUCCAGACAAUGAGUAUCAUAUGUAUGUAGUGGCUGAAAUUGGUCAUAAUGAGUCGGAGCCCGCCCCUCCUGACGGAAUCAGUUUCAGCUAUUUCAUGGAUUCUGGUACGUCUCAGAAAUGUUCUGUGGACCUCCCACCAGUGAACGUCACUGCCCAACCCGAUGACAACGUUGUGUUCCGCUUCAUGCAUCCCUGGCUGUUGCACGGCCCCAGGAUGCCCAGCAGCACAGUUCCACAACGUAGAAAGAAGAGCCAUGACGCGCAGAGCAACCAACAUCUGCCAGUAUUCAAAUACGGCGUUGUGAUCGUCAGCCAGAAGCAGCCACAUCAUUUCAGCUGUGUGCAAAGUGUGUGUGAGCAGAAGAUUCCAGUGGAGGCUGCGCAAGGGAAACACUGUCUGAACAUCACAGGAGAGCUGCAGAAGAUGGCUGUUAAAUCCACACAGUUGUACUGCGCCAUGCCCCUAAUGGGAACGCCACUCGAGCAAACCCAUUACAUCACCUACAUCGUGGUGGGCCUGACGGUUGUCAGUGUCACUGUUUUUGUCCUCUUCCUGAUUUAUAAGAAGAUGACCAGCCCUGGAACUGCACUCCCAAAAUCUAUAUUGAUUGGCAAACACAUGGAGGACACCACGGGGACAUUUCAAGAGCAGAUCAUUGUGACAAAAGUGGAGCCCUCCUCUCCCACGCCUUUACUGCUACACCAAGAAGAGGAGGAGUUCACACCUGCUGCUACUCCCGCCGCUGAGCCUCCUGACCUACGUCUGCGCAUCGGAGUGACGCAGGCAGACGAUGUGUGUGAUGUCACAGAGGUAGGGCACCCGGAGGAAGGCGGCCACUUGGAUGAAGAGGAGACACCAAACUACGAGGUCCCCUCUGGUUACGAAAAACGUGAAGUGUUGGUUGAGAUGGGGCCAGAUGACCUGGCUGAGGGCUACCGUGCCUGAGAGUGCAGCAGGUAACCUCUGAACAAUGUGGCACAUUGAAUGUUAGAUCAAACGGGGCACAUACCUAUAAUCUGCAAUUAUCUUUCGAUAACUGAAAAAUUGUUAGAAAUUGAAGCUUGACUGCAACGAGAAGCCUUAAAAUGCCAUGGUAAUGGCUGACGGGCCCUUCACUGGUUACCUGUUUCAUUUUUACAUCUUAAGAUUUCAAACGCAGACGUUCUUGUCCGAUCUGUGCUGCUCCCUCAUAUCCUCAGAUACAAACAUUUCUGGUUGUUGGAUAACGUCAUUUCCGGCAGUUUCAUUUAUUAUUUAAAAUUUUAAAUUUGUGGCAUUUGUUUUUAAAAUCGUGGCAUUUGUUUUCAAAUGGCACAGAUGAUUUUUUUUUAAUAUCUAAAUCACUGCCCACCGCCCCACACAUGCCGGAUUAAACUAAAUGAGAAAACCAACUGAAGAGAAGAAGAGAGAUAAGUUAUUGUCAAAACACAUGAAACGAUCAAACAGUCGAGCACUUUGACAUCAUGUCAAACUCCCGUCAUGAGGUGAGACGUCAUCCAUUUCCUCCUGGUUAGUCAUUGUGAAGUGUUGCCCGGGGCAAAAAGAAAGUGGCCUUAAAUACAUUCAAUACAUUCAUAUUAUAAAUAUGAUUGGUCAUUGGUGGACAAAAAGCCUGUGGAUUUAUUGAAUAGGAACAAUAGACCGAUAACUGUAACAUGUACAAGGAGCCACAUUACCGUCACUGAAAAUCUGUUAUCAGAUUCAUGAAAAUGGUCAAACAGUUUAUAUUCACACCUGUUGCAUGCACAAAAGCAUUACCACAUUCUGUACUAACAGCUGAGGCGAAAUGAUGUGUUCACUGUGGAAGAGUAGGUCUUCUGCAUGUAUUUGCUUAUUUGCACGUUUGUGUUUUAUAUGAUUCAAGAUGCUCUACUUUCUACGUAUCUAUUAUUUUUUUGCGAGUGAAAUAAAAAAGGAAAUCUAUGGGCAGGUAUCGUCGCGAGAGAAAUGUAAUCAUUCACCUCCAUCACCUGCACGUUGCUCAGGAGUGAUAAGUUACUCUGAGGUCAUCUGUAGACCGGCACUUCAACUCACCUCUAGUGUUGACAUUUAUCUUGCAUUUGAUGAGAAAUUAUCCACAAAGACGUGGAAAUGCCUUCCGUGUUGUUACUGCCGUCUGCAGUGAAUUCCUGCAGUGUUCGGCGAUUGUACUCUGUCUUUAUACACAGUACUGUCACAUUUAAGACACUCAAGUGAGGAUUGCUUUCAGUUUGUAUGUACAUAUUUACAGUAAAUGCACUCAAAGUGUGGCUGAACCAAGAAAAACGUUUUUUUAUUAAUGCGAUUGUUGUAGCUGGAAUUUUUUUUCUUCUGUGUACAUUUUUGAAGUUCCAUUGUUUUGAAAUCGAAAAAGACGACUCUAAUUACCCGUUUGAGGGAUUGUCUGUGUAAUGUUUGAUUGCGUUUUUCGUCCAGUUGAUUUUUGUAUUUUGAAAAGCAGCCGACCUAUUAAACUCAAUCAAACCUUC